UUGUUUGUCUGCUGUCAGUCUCUCGGUUGCUCUGAGCGUCAUUUUGUUCUGGAUUUACUUCCUCGGCAGACACUGGAUAUCAUCCCAUCUCCACACACACACACAUUUUUUUUCUGCAUUUUGCCAUCCAGCUGUGUCAGCAGCAUGUUGCCACCAGUGAAGAAGGACCGGAUCAUUAAUCAGCUCCCAAAUUAUUUCAAUUCAAAUGCAGCGCUGCACACCAAAGAUGGUUUCCACCCACUGGUGCAGGCUGCUUGCCAGGCACACAAGACAGACACAGUGAGCUUCAAUAUCGCCAAGGUCAUCGUAGUGGGAGAUGUUGCAGUUGGGAAAACGUGUCUGAUCAGCAGGUUCCGAAAAGGGGCAUUUGAUAAAAACUACAAAGCAACCAUAGGGGUGGAUUUUGAGAUGGAGCGUUUUGAGGUUCUUGGUGUUCCCUUCAGUUUACAGCUGUGGGACACAGCAGGUCAGGAGCGCUUUAAAUGCAUUGCUUCAACAUAUUACAGAGGGGCACAAGCCAUUAUAGUUGUGUUUGACUUAAGCAGUGUGAGCUCUUUAGCACAUGCCAGGCAGUGGCUGGAAGACGCCAUGAAAGAAAACGACCCAUCCAGUGUUUUACUGUUCCUUGUUGGUACCAAGAAGGACCUCAGUUCUCCUGACCAGUUGGCUCAGGUUGAGCAGGAAGCCAUCAGACUCUCUGAGGAAAUCAAAGCUGAGUACUGGGCUGUGUCUGCCAAGUCAGGAGAUUGUGUCAGGGAUUUCUUCUUCCGUGUGGCCUCUCUGACUUUUGAGGCCAACGUUUUGUGCGAGCUUGAGAAAAGUGGCUCAAGGCACGUGGGUGACAUUAUCAGGCUCACAGACAGCACAGAAGCUGAUCACAAACCUACCAAAAGGAAGUCCGACUGCUGCUGAUGAGAGAGAGUGGAUGCCUGGAUACACUGUAGGCCUACUGACUUAAGAUCACACUGAAGGGGAAAAUUAAACUGAAAUAUGGACUCAGUGUGCUUAGUGUAGCUAUCAUGAAUUGACCAUUUAAAAAGCAACGUCAUAUCAAAUAAAUAAUUUUGUAAUUGUG